UAACGUAAGCUAAGCGAACUAUAAUGCACCCCGAUAUAAACUUAAUUUGGGAGUAAGUCACUGCAUUAUAAGUAUAGCGGGCAUUCGCGGAUCUAUAUCACUAACCAGACAUUAGGAAGAUGGCGAAAAGCUGCUUGGGCUCCCAGAUUUUCAAGAUCGCUGAAUAUGGUGAUAGCGAGAAACUGCUUGCUCUCAUUCAGUCUCACUCACAAAGUGAAGUUCACCAAGCUUUGAGAUGGCGGAGGAAAUGGAGAAUACUCGCUCGCUACCGUGAUCCCGAUGGCAGGAACGCCCUCUCCGUUGCUGCAGCAAAUGGCCACACUGAGGUCAUCAAGGCUCUGAUAAAAUUUAAUGCUAUCGAACUUGAAAAGGCCGAUUUUCUGGCAAGCUCUGGGGUUGGCGGCAGUGUCGUUGGGUCCUUGUUUCAUGCUUUCAAGAACGAACAAUAUGAAUCAGCCCAUGCAUUGAUAGCCGCUGGAGUGGACCCAUCUCAAGAUCUCUUGCUCCAUGCUCUGGUCAUCUGGUCAUCAAUCCGAUGCCGCAGGAUCUAUCCCUUCAUGACGCUCCUUGAAGGAAAGAUUGAUUUUGAUCAGAAGGACGAGGAUGGUCAGACGGCACUCAUGCUAGCCUGCAAGCAAGGGAACUAUACUAUGGUAAAAGCUCUGCUUAAAUAUGGUGCUGACCCAAACAUGCAGGAUCCAAAUGGAAGCACAGCCGUGCAAAUGAUCCCUAGUGCGGAGAAGAUCAAAGAACUUGGUAAAGCUGAUUAAAGACUGCAAAUCAUCAACCUUUUCUAGAUCAAGACGGAGUUCUCCCGGUUACCCAUUACUGAUAAACGACAUUCAUUGGCUGCAUUAUUGUGUGCGUCAUUUAAUAUCAAUGUAA